AGACGGAUGCAAGCUCUCCUCCCUCCCGCUCUACUGCAUCCAUCCAUUCUCUUAUUCAUCCACCCCUCCAUCCUUCCACCCAUCCAUUCAUUCCUGCAAGCGUCGCACGAGACAGAGACCACAGAUUGAGGGCGUGAGAGUGUGUGUGUGUGAGUGAGUAAGUGUGUGUGGUGUGUGUGGACCUGUUUGUAUCGGCUGAUAUGAGAAGCUGAAACCGAACCGACAGAAGAAUGAAAAUGCUCCGGUUUCGCAGCCCCAGCAUCCGCUCCUUGGACCAGGAGGUCCUGUGUACGAUCCGGUUACUGGACGACUCCGAGAUCUCAUGCAGCAUCCAGAGAGACACCAAAGGCCAGUUCCUGUUGGACCAUGUGUGUAACCACUACAACCUGCUGGAGAAAGACUACUUUGGCAUCAGAUAUGUGGACCCCGAGAAACAGAGGCACUGGCUGGAGCCCAAUAAGCCUGUGGUGAGGCAGAUGAAGUCUCAGCAGCCCUACACGAUGUGCUUCCGGGUCAAGUUUUACCCCCACGAGCCCAUGAAGAUCAAGGAAGAGCUCACCAGGUAUCUCCUGUACCUCCAGUUGAAGAGAGACAUCUACCACGGCCGUCUCCUCUGUCCCUUCGCUGAGGCAGCUUACCUUGGAGCCUGCAUUGUACAGGCUGAACUAGGGGACUACGACCCAGAGGAGCACCCGUCAGAUUACAUAAGAGACUUCAAGCUCUUCCCAAAACAGUCCCUCAAACUGGAAAGGAAGAUUAUGGAGAUACACAAGAACGAGCUCAGGGGCCAGUGUGCUGCCUUUGCUGAGCUGAACAUGCUCCAAAGGGCCCACUCCCUAGAGACAUACGGAGUUGACCCCCACCCGUGCAAGGACUUCACAGGCUCCACAGCCUUCCUCGGGUUCACAGCCACAGGUUUCGUGGUCUUCCAGGGCAACAAGAGGAUCCACCUCCUCAAAUGGGCCGAUGUCAGCAAGCUGAAAUUCGAAGGGAAAACCUUCUACGUCAUUGGGGUCCAGAAAGAGAAGAAACUGGUGCUGACAUUUCACACCUCGACCCCUGCAGCGUGCAAGCACUUAUGGAAGUGUGGAGUGGAGAACCAAGCCUUUUACAAGUGUGCAAAGUCGAGUCAGAUAAAGACAGUAUCCAGCAGUAACAUCUUCUUCAAGGGAAGUAGGUUCAGAUACAGUGGAAGAGUAGCUAAGGAGGUGAUAGAGGCCAGCUCGAAGAUUCAGAGAGACCCACCAGAGGUGCGCAGAGCUCAGUUUGGUCAGAGUCGGAGUUAUAACUCUCUGAGCCACAAAAACCUCAUCAUGAACAUGGAGCCCCUCGUACCUGCACUGCCCUCCACCAAUGAGUAUGAGGAGACCGCCACAGACAACGGUGUUGUGGCUCUGAAGGACUCAGUCCACCUGUCUCCUCUCAAACCCUCCAUCACAGCCACAGAUGCAGAGCAGCAAAGUACUGAAGGAGGGAACUCUGCUCUGGGCAAUGACCUGCAACCUCCCCGCGUUUCAACGGAAACCACUAAUGUCCGACCUCACACGCCCAAAGCGGAGGAUGAAGAGGAGGAGGAAGAGGAGACCAGUGGAGCGCUGACCAUCUCAGAGCUUGUCUACAGCCCCUGUGCCAGCAUGCUGCCCACCCCAGUGGAUGACAGCCAGGGAGGGGUCGACUUGUUGUUCUCCUCCCCGGUCCAGAGCCCCGCCAGGCUGCUGAGGGAGCUCCACGCCGACCCAGACAUCCAGGCCCAGCUGGAGGCCGAGCGGGAGCGAGACCGUGCCUACGAGCGGGUCCGACUGGCAGGGAGGAGCCGAGUGAGCGGUGUCCUGAGCAGCAGCCUGCGUCUCCUGUCAUCCAACGAGAGGGUCAACGCCUGUGUGCUGAGCGUGGCCCGCUUCGUUGCUGUGGUGAUGGGCGUACUGCUUGUUGCUGUGCCGACGCUGCUGCUUCUGCUGGAGUCAGACAUCGACGUGUCGUUCCUCCAUGAGAUCCGACAGACGCCGGAGUUUGAGCAGUUCCACUACGAGUACUACUGCCCUCUGCGGCGCUGGAUCCUCUGUAAGAUCAGCAUGGCCAUGGAGAAUUUCUGGUCGGACUGAGGAAGAGGGAGGAGGAGGAAGAAGAUGGAGGGGUACAGAGAAAGAGAGAGAGAGAGAUGGGAUGAGAUGGAGAGGUCACUGAGAAAAAAAAAUGUCCAAAUGUCUGUCUUAACAUGCAACUUGACCUUAUACUCAGUCUUAACAACUGGCAUUUCUUGAAAUAAAAGAAGCAAACUGUCCAUGGGAUAGGGUCACCUCACCAGUGUCAGGGCAGGUGAACUUAUUUCAUGAGCUGAUGAUAUUAUUAUGGAGUCAGGGAGGUGAUUGGACAGUUGUUUAUGAUUCAAUUAUAGCCUACUGAAACUCUUGUUUGAAUAAAGCAGAUUAGAGAGAUAUAAGAUGUUAAGUCUAAGUGUAAGAUCCAGUCACUUGUUAAGAUAGACACGUUUUGCAGAGAUGACUGAUGGAAAGGAGGACAAGAAAGAAAUGUAGGAGGAAAAUCUUGUGGAAGGGAGAGAAUAAGGGAAAGACAAAUGAGUGCAAGAUUCAUAAAGAGAAAACAAGUCAUGGAAAAGAGGGAAAAAGGGGUGUUUCUUUCAUUUUAGUAGAAGUCUGUUCACUCCUGAUGCUGACAAGUUGAUGCAAUGAAUCUGCAAAUACCCCAAAUCAUCCUGAUUGGUUCUCGUUUUCAGAGCAGAGCGCCUGAUUGGGCGUUGAGACUGUCAGUCAUGAAGGAGUAGGUGGGAUCAGAGAGAGGUGAUCGAUUAGGCAGCAACCCUUUGGUCACUGGACGCAACAACAGCCACAGCCUGUAUAGGUAUAUUAUGUAUAUUUACCAAACAAAAGAGGAAUAUUGAUAAUUACUACCAAUCUUAAAAAGUUGUUUUUAAAGUUUUGUACAUUUUUAUGUGAUCCAGAUAUUUCAGGAAUUUUUCAGUCAGAGGGUCUACUUUGAGCUUAUUUUAAAAUUAAGAGUUUACAAAAGAUUACAAAAAACAAAAAACAAAAUUUAUUGAAGUUUAUCGGGAAAUGGGUGUUGAGAAAUUUAAGCUAUUUUUUGAGACUACCGUCAGCAUGAGUUGGCUUGGUAGCACCCUGGGUUUUUCCUACAGAAGUUAUAGCACAAAUCUUUUACACAGACCACAGAUUUCAGCUGUUUCAGAUUAUCUGAUGUCAUUUUGGAAUCAAGGGGACAGCAUGAGAAAAGUUUAAUCUAUUUGUGACGAUAAAACCUGUUUGUUUUGUUGAACUUCCAAAUGUCUUCUGAGCUAAAUGUUAGCUUGCCUAUUAGGGCUAAUAGUGUGUCUUUUGAUAAGUGUAUUAAGGUUUGAAGAGUUUUAACAUAAAACUUAGAAAGAAACACGAGGGGCAGAAGAAUUGGUAAAACUUUGUAAUAAUUAUUAUUAAUAAAUGGUCAAUUGAUAGUUAAUUAAUCUUUAGUUAAUAGCUGUUUUACAGUUAAUGAACAAUGACAUUAUAAUUAGUAGAAUUUACUGAGUAUAUAGUAAACUAUUUAUUAACAAUUCAUUGUUGCACACAUUAUAUUUUACACACUAUAUUAAAUGUUUGUUAAUGAUAAACAAAUGAUUUGUAAACCUUUAACAGAUCAUUUGUGAAACAUCUACAAACAUUACAUUGACAGAUGGACCAGAUAUUUGUAACACUUUGUAAUGGGUAAUAACUUAAUAUAUAUGUGGUCGGUAAUACUUAAUGUAAUGUAUAAAAUGUUAUAAUGUGUGUGCAACAAUAAACUGUUAAUCAGAAGAUUACCAUGUGAUAAGUAAAGUUUAUUAAAUUAUCAUUUCAUUGUUUCUUAACUGUAAAAUAACUAUUAACUUAAGUGUUAAUAAUUAAUUAACUAUCAAUUUUCCAUUUAUUAAUUAUGUUUUUUAUAAAGUGUUAUUGGAGACGUUAUAUGUAGGCCUGUGAGAGGCUGGUACUGUAUUGAAUAUUGUGGUUGAUCUGGGUUUCUUAAACUAUAGUCUGGGGCCCAAAGUGGGUCACAUGUCAGUUGCUAGUGGGUGCACUGGUAUUUGGGGAGUUCAGUGUAUUGUGACUGGACCGUCCAAUAUAUUUUAAAGGUAAUAUAAGUGAUAGGAUGGUAUACUCCAAAAUGCCAUGAGGAAAAGUUGCCAAUACUCUAGCUGCUCAGCUGACACACGAAAAGAAAAGCGAUGUGUUCAAUGAACUUGGGUCACAGAGCAAGAAUCAGCCAUAUGGGUCCCGACCAGAAAAAGAAACCUUGUAGUGGAUGUUGUUCGGACUGAACUAAUAUCGUGGAGAGCAGCUGCAGUCAUUGAAGAUGCACAGCACAGUGGAGGAAAAUGUGGCAGCAUUUUAGCCACUGAACUGGAUUAGACAGUUUGAGUGAUAAUAUCAUGUUGUGCAUUACAUCUUUAUCCAUCUAAAUGACUGUAGCUGUAUGCAUCUUUAAGAGUACAUUACAGUAUUUUCUGGUUUUCUAUGUCAGUGACCAAUAAGAGGAAGAGAGAGGGCGUUUGAAAGGGGAGAUUAUUUAGAAGUGAAGUUUGAAAAAAAAAUGCAAUUACUAAGUUAAGGUUUGUGUAGAAGGGGCUUACAUUACACUUAUCAGACUAAAAAGGGUGUGUACAUAAGGCUGUGUUCAUUAACAUGCAGUGCUGGUAUGGCUGUCCUUCCCAAAAGCAUUUUAACAACAGGACUAAGUGGGACUGAUGCAGCUGAGUGAAAAACAAACAAUAUCAAGGCAACAACCAAAGAGGAAGGGAGAAGUCAAAAAUUUAUUUCAUAAUCACAAAUUUACGUUAAGUGUAUUUUAUGGCAGACGGUACAGAAAAAAAAAGGGAAUGCAGCUAGUGGUAUUAAUAUGGGCAACAGCAUCUCAACCCCUUCUCUGCGUGCUAAUUGACAUUUUUGGGAACUCUAGCCAUCAUCAGGUGACUGCUCAACUGUAUACAGUGCCUGUUAGCUACAGUAUAGUGCUUCUGAAUGCAGAGAAUAACAAAUAAGUAAAGCGAUGAGAACCGACUGCAGAUCAAAUGAAAGCUGGGAAUGUUUGCUUUCUUUCUUUUUUUUUUUUUUUUUAAAGUUCUAUGUAGGUCAGUUUGGAUCAACUUCUCAGGAAAGGGCAUUAGCAGUUAAAUAAUGUCUCUGUGUGUCCAAACUAACAAAAAUGUGUAUCUACAAAAACAUAUUGCAUCUCACCACUAUGUACACAUAUAGUUUAUAUCCAUUACAGUUGAUAAAAUGUCUUGUUAAUAGAGAAAAUAUCCAAGCAUUGUAUGUAUCAUACUGUAACCCAUGUCUGUAGCCAAACAUGAAUAUAGCUGUAGACUCUCUGUGUUGUAAUGUCUCAGCAAAAACGGGCAUAGUGUCCAUUCAUUUCACACUAUUCAUUAUGUCCAUGUCACCCUUCCUGUUGAGAGCCAGUCAGAGUUUGGCCGUCACCAUAUUGUGGCAACCAUGUUCGCCCCAUACUGCUGUUCAGCGGCAGUGCUAAUAGUGAUCUUAUGCCAGCUGAUCAUUGGUAUUUUAUUUGCAAAUAGUCAUAAAUAAGCAAAUAAGGGGGUAAAAACAUGGAGUCCACAGUAUGUGACCAAUCUUUCUCUAUCAGUGGCUUUGGUCUCAUACAGUAUUUAGGCUUACAUGUAGAUGCGUUCCAGUGCUACAUUAACGUUCGUACUCAGAAAUCACCCUCAGUAGUUAACAUUCACUAAUCUAAAUCCCCUCAAUAUCUUAUUCAAUAUUUUCACUCCAGUGUUUGCAUCAUAUUUAUACAUACCAUAUUAUUCUCAGAUGUGUUGUCAUGUAAAUCUAUAGACUUUAUGCAUUAACUAGCUUUAUGCAUAGAAAAUAUGCAGUAACAACACACACCAUGCUUAUUUGGGACAAAUUAAAGUAUUUAUUUUCCUACUAUAUAGUACAUGCACUGAGUUCUGAUGCUGAAACCAAGUGAAGGGCCAAACCACUAUAAAGAUGACAACGUAUGCUACUAGAGGCAUUAACAUCAUGGACAGAACAAGUGAAUGCAGUUUCACUUGCGGGUGAAGGUGACCUGUAUGCACUGCUAAUGAUCACUAUCACCCCAAAACAUACUAAAUUAAUAGUGGGGAGUAUGACCUGAAACCAACUAUUACCCUGUGUUCAUGGGCUAGGCUUUUCUGGUAUGCAUAUGCACCAUAAUGCUAGAGCUGUUUAUUUGAAUUUAGCCUACUUGAGACUUUAAAUAAAACAGGCUCUGGUACUGUAUAGGCUUAAUGUACACUGCUGUAUAGACGUAGUGCGUCCUUGGCUUCGGUCCUUUCUUUCUGUGCUUCAUCUUCCUCUAACAUGGGGAAUCUCUCACUUGGCUACUUUAGCUGACCUCUUCAAUGCAGACCGCAUGCCCUUGUCUGUAAAUACUGUGUUUAUUGUAGUGGCAAAAAAAAUCCAAUCUGGGUAUAGAUUUCCUUUCUUUGUUCCCUCUGUGUCUUUUAUCUGUGUAAAGCGAUCUAUAGGCUUGGCUAUCUUAACCAUCUUAGAUGAAUGCAUGUUCUCCAUGUUUUUAUCGAGGAGAGGAACAAAAAGAGCUAAACAAGUGCAUCGAGGGCUAUUCUGCGAGCAAUGAUAAGAGCAGUUUCAAGACCAAAGCGCCUAGAACCAUCAUUAUGUGUGCUUUGGGCUUAGCUUUGAUUGUGAUCAGCUUUUUUUUUGCAAGAGAGAAAAGGCUACAGGUGGCUGACCCACUGCUAAUCCAGUAAAGUACAGGUGAACACAAAACAAAAGGGAUUUUUUUCCCUCUGUCUCAACACAAAAGGGAAUAUUUCUUGAUAGAUGCAGAGAAGAGUAUAUUUUAACGAGUAGCUCUAAAGCAGAUGACUAGUUAGCUUCAUAAAUUGUGCUUUUGCUAUGUGUGUGACUCAUGAAACAAAGCCAGCUAAAUGUUAAUGUUAACACCUGACCUCAUUGCUAACUGAGCAUGCAAACAUGUUAUUCAUAACAUACACACAAUUCGGGUCCAUUCACUCUCAAUGCAAACCGCUCAACUGAUUUCCUAAUGAUAAAGUAUUAGUUGUCAAUCACUCCAGUAUGAUUUGGAUAACAGACAUUUUAAGACAAAGGAGGUUCAGUUUUUCAAUUAGAUGUCUUGAAACUGACAGAAAAGAGUGAAUGAGACUAGACCUUGACUCUGAUCAUUGCAAACAUGACAACAAAAGGCCGUUCAGUUCUGUUCAAAUGACAGAUUUAUGGCCCAGUGACAGUGUAGCAUUAUAUUACGUUGUAGCUUGUUGAUCAAUUUAGCAGCCUUUAUUUGAAUAAGCUGAAAAGGGAAAAGCACCCCCUUUGAGAUUCGGCUCUUUUAUUUGAGCUACUAAACUUGAGUUCUUGCAUUUUACAAACAGCAAAUUGGUGGACCGAGAAUACAAGUACCUUUUCCGAGACUAAAAUGCAAUUCUUGUUGUCUGUGCUGACAUAGAAACUGUGAGUAAAACCACCGUAAGGUCAUACAACGGUUGAUGUCACUGACUGAAGUGUUAACCGAUGCAAAUUCAGAAGCUCCUGACAUGAGUCAAGUAUUUAAUAACCUUAAAUUUAAUUAUUUUGCCUGUGAAAACAAAACAAUUUCAUAACAGACAUCUGGAAUCCAGAAUGGUUUAAAAAUCAACACGCAAACAUAGCUUUUUAAUUAAUUUAUUUAAGAUUUUAAAUAUUUGAGCUCAGGUCUACUAUAUGCAAAUCUAUUGGACAUCACACGGUAUAAAAGGAAAAUAAGCUGUUUAGUAGAUUAUUUCAGUGUUGUAUGGGCAUGUACAGUAGCGUAUUCUGUUGCACGGUCACUUUGUUGUUUUACUGGUUAGUCAAACUAAUUGUUUUGUUGUCAUUCAGUCUCUUUUAAUAAGCAACUCUGGGAGAAGUAUCAGAAAAAAAGAAAAAAAAAAGUGAAAACAAAUAAGUUUUCCAGUGGUGUGACCCCCCUUCUGGGACAACCAAGCCUUAUGAACUUUGUGAAGUGAAAAUUUUGAAUGUUUGUAUGUUCUAAAAGAAAACAACAUGGAUUGUUUUAUAUGUUAAUACUGCCACAAUAAAGCCCCCUAAUGAAUAUAUAUUGAAA